UGGUACUUGACACCGGAGGAGUAGUCUUCUCCUAAACAAUCCGCGUGGAACAUUUCAACCACUAUAUCACAUUUUGGCAACUUCUAAAAGAGUCGAAUGCUUCUGUAGCACAGCUACAUGCAGAAACAUAUUCCGUUACUGCUUCAGAAGACUCUCUGUGCAGUACAGCAGGCGUGUGGAAGAGCUGUCAGAUGUCAGCAGGUGUCCCUGGUGUGCAGAGUUUCCCUUCACUGGUGCUGCUCUGAACAUCUACACCCUCCUGUUUAUGCAGGACCGUUUUCAGAGACACGUCUCACAUCAGGACCUCCUAAAACCAGUCUCCACCAGAUCUCCCCUCGCUGGCCUGUCCUCCAUCAGCGCGUCUCUCACCGCUCAGAUAUGUCCGAGCAGAGGUUUCUGGUGGAAUAUGCCAAGCGCGGCACCGCCGGCUGCAAGAAAUGCAAGGACAAAAUCCAGAAGGGCAUCGUGCGCAUUGGGAAGAUAGUCCCCAACCCCUUCAGCGAGUCGGCAGGAGAGAUGAAGGAGUGGUACCAUGUGAAAUGUAUAUUUGAGAAGCUGGAGAGGUCAAGAGCCACCACAAAGAAGAUCGAAGACAUCACAGAGCUGGAGGGCUGGCAGGAGCUGGAGGAUGAUGACAAGGAGCUCAUCAACAAACACGUUUCAGACCUCAUGGCUAAAGUCAAUGCAAGUCCAAAGAAGAAGGCGCAAGGCAAAGCUAACGCCACGAGUCAGCCGGUGGCCGACGCCUCAGUCAACGCACCGCGCAAGUUUUCAGGUUUCACUGCUGCAAAGGCCGGCAGCUCCAGCAGCCCCGGAGCCCCCCCCGGAGCCCCCGCCGGAGCCCCCGCCGGAGCCCCCGCCGGAGCCCCCGCCCUGUCCUCGCAGCUCUCUGACCCCCGGCACAAGGACUGCCUCCUCCGAGAGUUCCGCAAGCUGUGCGCCCUGGUGGCCGAGAACAACAGCUACAACACCAAGACCCAGAUCAUUGAGAGGUUCCUGAAGAAGGGUUCUGCUGGAGACAGAUUCCAUGGAGAUCUGUAUCUGACGGUGAAGCUGCUCCUGCCCGGCGUGGUAAAAAGCGUCUACAACCUCAACGACAAGCAGAUCGUAAAACUCUUCAGCCGCAUAUUCAGAUGCGACCAGGAGGCCAUGGUGCGAGACCUGGAGCAGGGCGAUGUGUCUGAGACUGUGAGGAUAUUCUUUGAGGAGAGUAAAUCUUUUCCACCUGCUGCCAAAAGCCUCCUCACCAUCCAAGAAGUGGAUGCAUCCCUGACCCGCCUCGCACAGCUGACCAAGGAGGAUGACCAGCAGGGCGAGCUGGAGACCAUUGCCAGGAAAUGCACCAGUAAUGACCUCAAAUGCAUCAUCAGGCUCAUCAAACACGACUUAAAGAUGAACGCCGGUGCCAAACACGUUUUGGAUGCAGUGGAUCCAAAUGCUUAUGAUGCCUUCAAGGCCUCACGUAAUUUGGGCGACGUCAUUGAGAGGGUAUUAAGAAACCAGCAGGACGUGUCCAAUGGUUCCGGACCCAGGAAGCUGCUCACCGUGGAGGCGUCCCUCAUGACCCCCGUCCAGCCCAUGUUGGCUGAAGCAUGCAAAUCCGUCGAGUACGCCAUGAAGAAAUGCCCAAACGGGAUGUACUCUGAGAUCAAGUAUGAUGGGGAGCGUGUGCAGGUCCACAAGAAUGGAGACACCUUCAGCUACUUCAGUCGCAGCCUGAAGCCCGUCCUUCCUCACAAAGUGGUCCAUUUCAAAGAGUACAUCCCUCAAGCUUUCCCUGGUGGCCACAGCAUGAUUCUGGAUGCUGAGGUCCUCCUUAUUGACACAAACACCAGUAAACCUCUGCCCUUUGGGACCUUGGGUGUGCACAAGAAAGCAGCCUUUCAAGAUGCCAAAGUGUGCCUAUUUGUUUUCGACUGCAUCUACUUCAAUGGUGUGAGUCUCAUGGAGAGGCCUCUGUGUGAGCGCAGGAAGUUCCUGCACGACAACAUGGUGGAAGUCCCCAACAGGAUCCUCUUCUCAGAGAUGAAGCACGUCACUAGGGCAGGGGAUCUGGCUGAGAUGAUAACACGGGUCAUCAGAGAGGGGCUGGAAGGGCUGGUGCUGAAAGACGUCAAGAGCACCUAUGAGCCAGGCAAGCGCCACUGGCUGAAGGUAAAGAAGGACUACCUGAACGAGGGGGCCAUGGCGGACACGGCCGACCUGGUGGUGCUGGGGGCCUUCUACGGGAAAGGCUCCAACGGGGGCAUCAUGUCCAGUUUCCUGAUGGGCUGCUACGACCCCGACUCCAACAAGUGGUGCACAGUCACCAAGUGCUCUGGAGGCUAUGACGACGUGCUGCUGGCCCGGCUGCAGAAGGAGCUGGACGUGGUCAAAAUCAGCAAGGAGCCCAGCAAAAUCCCCGGCUGGUUGAAAGUUAUCAAGAACUAUUAUCCAGAUUUCAUUAUCCGGGAUCCUGAGCGAGCGCCGGUCUGGGAGAUCACCGGAGCCGAGUUUUCUAAAUCAGAAAUGCACACGGCUGACGGCAUCUCCAUCCGCUUCCCCCGCAUGACCAGGAUCCGUGACGACAAGGACUGGAAGAGCGCCACCAACCUGCACCAGCUCAGAGUAGGACUCCUGCAUUACCGCAUUACACACCAUUCUCUUAAUGAGAACCCUGAAAGGUUCAUUAGACGCUGGGCACUGGAGCUGUUCCGCAUUUCCAAGGAGAACUGCGACUUUAAAGUGACGGCUGGUCCUUCCACUGAGGACAGGGGCUCGUCGGGGGGGGACAGCGGAGGAGCCUCCCCCUCCACCUCCACCCACACCCCCACCCCCACCUCCACCCCCACCCCCACCAGCGCUCAGAGCAAGAAGACCAGCAGCAGAAAACCGACCAAAGCACCGGUGGUGAAACCUGAACCGCGCCCCCCCAGCUCAGAGGGCCCCAGCGCAAAGAAGGCUAAAAAGAGUGAAAAUAGCCACAGCAAUGGACAACCCAAGCCUAAAGUGACCUCUCAGCUGCUGGAGCCACGGAACGACAAGGUCAGUGAACGAGUGUUUUUAGCUGAGGACGACCGUGAACACACCCCCCCCAUCAGCACGCUCUCAACGCUGCUGGACAUCUUCAGUGGGGUGAAGCUCUUCCUGCCCGCCUCCACUCAGGACUCUGACCGUCUGAGGAGGUACUUUGUGGCGUACGACGGGGACCUGGUGCAGGAGUACGACGCCGCCUCGGCCACACACACUCUGGCCCAGCCCGGGGGGGGCGGCCGGGCCCUGAGGGUCUCCCCCCGCUGGGUGUGGGAGUGCAUCCGCAAGAGGCGGGUGCUGCCCCCCUGCUGACCGCAGAACCCACACACACCAACACUACACGUUAGGCCAGAUCACACACACUGGACAUCAGGUUUGGAAAGCUCCACC